CUACUUUUCUGUUCUAAAAUAUCUCCCUGCAGAGGAUAAUUUGAACUUUAAAGUCACAUGGUGAAAUCAUAGGUUUGCUAAGCAUGCAACGUGUACGGUUUGAAUGAUGUAAACCCAGUUCCUGUUUCCCUUGCAGAACUGAAUGUUUUUGUAGUCAGCAAGCAACUGGAGUUUUCAUCGCGAUUUAUAACAGCCAAAGAAGUUACUGUGAUAUACACACGCUGCUGUCUGCAUAAAUAGAAAGGCUACAUCCUCCAAACAGUAACUGUAAUUCAUCUGACUACUCACAGUGGAAGUCUCAGCUAAUUGUAUCUGUGGAGCAUUGUCCUGGAAAGUUUCUAACUUCCCCGGGCAGGAACAAGCAGGUUGUGCAGAAAGGAUGAGCGCUCACAACAUGACGUGGAUCAGCUACCCAAGCAAGAGCCUGGCUUCCACCUCCCUGGAAGAAAUUGAAGCAUUCAUAGCUUCACAAAACAUCAUAUCCAGACUUAUGCACUGUUACAUUGCCUUCUUUGUGCCGACAGGGCUGAUAGCUGGCGUGUGCAUUUUGGUCAUUUUCAUAAAGAAUUACGUGCAGAACAAAGCCAUGGAACACUUAGACCCGCUUCUCCUACACUUCACCAUCAGCAACAUCACAAUGAUUCUGUUGUCAUUCACAGUCAUCAACAGACCUGACUACACAAGAGUGACCCACCUGGCCUGUAGUGUGCUGUCAUUUCUGUUCAACUUCAGUUAUUUCAGCUCUCAGCACUCUUUGGUGCUGAUGCUUCUCAUGCUGUUACUGAAGAGAUUUCCACCAAGGACUGCCCUGAGCACAGUAACCCAGCGCCCCAUUCUGUGCAUUGGAUGCGUACUGCUAUGCGCCUUCUGCUUGGCUCUGACAGAGGCAGUGCUGGUUGGCACAGAGAACUACCACUUGGAAACAGACUGCCAGCUGGAUCCAUUAUUUGCAUGGCCUGAAUACGAGAUCGUUAAAUUCACCCUUGGAUUUGGAAUCCCAUCAUUUCUUCAGAUACUCUCUUUUAUCACCCUCCUUGCUAAAGAAGCCCCUGCUGAAGCUCCAGCCUUACAGCAGCACAUCCGUGCUUACCUUGCUGUGUUCAUUAUAAGCAUAACGACAUUUAUAUGCCGUCUAUUUUACAACAUUAUGAUUCUCUUCAGGACAACACUGAAAUUACAGAAGAGCAUUGGAACUCCAAAGGAUGAGCUCGUGAUGAACAUUGCUGAAAUAGUACUGUUCUCUGAGAGCUGUGCUAGCCUGGUACUCAUCCUCUGUUUGCACAAACCAUGCAAGGACAGAAUACUUCAAGUCAUACGGAGCUGCCGAAGGGCACCCAGCACCCCCAGCCACCUCGACAUCCCAGUAACGCCCACAGGCCCUGAAAUGAUGCCUCAGUAACACCUGCUCUUCUCAGAGCUCUCAGUCUACUCCUAUGGCUUUUCUUCUUUGUAAAGGACAGUUGUUCUUCCUUUUGAUCCCAAACUUGGACUAUCACACAGCUAGCAGGACUGAUAAACAUGUAUUUAUCUGCUAUCUGCAGUGACCUAGCAUGUAGAAACAUGCAGGACUUGGGGGUCUGUUCUCAUGUGCGUGUAAAUAUUUUUUCAUCUCCUUCCUUUGCACUUUACUUCAAAAGCGAGCAGAAAGUAUUGCAGCCAUAGAAGCAUGCUUCUGUAAUAGAACCAAUGCCUUAGUGAGGAUGAGCACCAAAACAUAUCCCAGAGCAACUUGGAUCUAAGGAUCAGUUAGUGACAACUAUGAAAUCCUUUCAUUUGGACAAGUGGAGAGGCGAAGCACCCAGGAAGGCCUGCCAGACUCAACUGCUGGAGUCGGAAAGGACUGCUGCUUUGUGAAUUCUAUUUUAUCACAUUUGGAUGGAGACUGGAGUGCUAUGAUGACAUCCUCCACUUUUACAUCACGUUGUGGUCCAAUUACAGAAAAUCUGGAUGUGUUUCUCCUCUCUUUGAAGUGUUUUGCAACACACAGCGCCAGAAAAACAAAAAGAUUCUACCAAACAGUUUGAAUGGGUACAAGUGCUGUCCCUGCAAAGGCUGAACUUUAAAAAAAUGUAUUUUUAGUAAGAAAAAUGCGUUCUCAGAAUAAUUGGCAACUAAAAAGGCUGAACAAACAAACACACUCCAGGCAAGGUUUUCUGCAGGCACAGAACACAAUCAUUUGUUCCAAUCCAAACUAUGCUUGAUUACGUGCAAGAAAAGUAGCGAUCCUGUGACUGGUCAGGAUAAAAUCCAGAGGUACUGCAGAGGAGGGCAACAGCUCCAGGCAGGAGAUGUCACACAGCGGAUGGACAAGGUCACAGGUGCUGCUCAUGCUAACAGAAUGAUGAGACAGCCCUGGAGGGGGAGUUCCAUCUACACGCAGAACUUGAACUUUACAGCAGCAUCUGUUCCUCCUCCACUCACCUCCCACUUUGCUCUUCCUCUACUAUCACUCCUUUGGUAACACAGCAGUCCUAUGCUGACGCUUGCUAAAUUACCUCCAGCAGCCUAUAUUAUCAUAUUAUCCUCACUCCGAGCCUCUUGGUACAACACAGCACAUCACAAUCACACCAGUGCUCCUUCAACACAAUGCAGAGCCAAUGUAUAUUGAGGCAUAUACAGCGUUUAAGAAGUUGACUACUACAGAUUUAAAAACAACUGCCAGGAAAAACACUAAAGGCUGGAUUACUGCAGUAGGACAUGGCAGGAAGGCUAGCACACCAGUUGCUUCCAUGCUUGUUCUCAGCAGCAGUUGCAAUAAGGCACAACAGGCAGGGCUGUAAUACUGUCACAAUUCAGUUCAAUAUACAGAUCACGGAGGCACUCGUUAUGAAGUCCUAUGGGAUAUCAGCAAAUGAAGGAGGAAAAGGGACUGAGGUAUUCAGCAGCUGUUAAAAUUUGUUGUAAGCACUUUGUGACCAUUUUCAAUGGGGAAGUGCUGAACGGUGAGAUUAAGAUAGAUUAAUCAGUAACAAUAACUUGAUUGCAUAAACAAGAGCCUGGAGAUGCUGUCAUUUGUUUUAGGAAACAAAAUUCAGAGAAUUCACAUGACCGUCUCAUAAAAUAUUUACUGAAACACAGAAGUCACUAAUUACAUUGUAAUCAUAUUAGAUGUGGUCUCUUCUUAUGCUUCACAGCUCUCCUAGCAGGAGAAACAGCUACUUCAGGGCUUUUUCAGAAGGACAUUUCCUACCUACACUUGAAGCGUGGCAGAAGGACGUAUUUCUUGUCCUAAAUUCAAAUGAGAAAAUCAGCACUGAUAACAGCAUUAUACAUUCUGAUAGCAAAUCAGCUGAUGCUCGCAGUUAGAAAACCAGGGGCAGACAGGGCAGCUGAUUGCUGGAGCAGGACCCCAACAUAACAAACAUGAACACCCAGAAGCCACCUCUAGGCAUAAAGGGAAACACUGAUCCUGCUGGCCCUUACAAGAUCAGUGCAAGUUCUGAAGGACAGAAUGAAGCAGACGAAAUCACAUGAUCCAUGAGCAACAAGAAAGACUCUUUAUAAUCCUGCUCUUAGAACAGAGGAAAAACAGCCCAUCAAAGCUGGUAUCACAAGACUUUCCAACACAACAAUUACUGCAGUCCUAUAACCCAACCGCAGCUGCGCACUUCUCAAAGCAAAGCACUCUAAGGCCCUCGGUCCCCAUUACCCCAUCAGGAAGACUCCAGAAAUCCAUCUGUGUGCACAUUCUCUUCAGCUAAGCAGUAAUGCAUUCCCAAACCAUCCACAGUCACUGUGCAGGAACAACGACACGACAACUUCAUGCCUCUGAACUGAUAACACUGAUUUCUUGGAACCCUGAUGUUGAGAUCCAAUCCACUUCUUUAAUAGCAGUGGAACAUCGCAUCGAAGCACGGCCUGCCCAUUAAUGACACUUAACUUUAAGUUAGCAGAUCAAUAUCACCUUAAAAAGUGAACCACGCAAAGACAAAAUUGCUCUUUCAGGAGAAAAACACAUUUCCUUUCAGCCUUCAGAACUGUAGCCACCAGUAGGUGGUGUUUCUGAAAUGUCAGAGCACUUCUUCUCCCCUACAGAUGAAAUGCAAAACUCCACCUGCACUACUGCUGCUUUUCAUGCAGGACUCCACGCUCACUGCUGCUCCACGUUCACUGCAAAGAAACCUAUUUCAUCCGAGGGCCUUUGAGCAGAACGGUUCUACCACGCAUCAAGAUGACAACACACACCUGAAAAUGUAAAUAUACAGACGACACAGGACUGACUCGCAGGUGACAUUCCCUGCAGCUCUGCACACCUAAAGGCAAGUUUAUCCUGGCACGGCAGUGGAAGUUGACACAUCCAUUAAGUGAGUACCUGAGCGAGAAGCAGCCUUCUGCUGUCUGCAGGAAAACCAGCUCUGGAAAAAUGGAAUUAAGGUCCAAGGAUGUGCAAUGAGUAUUAACAGAACACAAAUGGAGCUAGAAUUCUGCCAUCUUCCGACCUGCACAGAGGAGAACUGCUGAUGAAAACCUUUCUUUGAAAUGAUCCAAGUACCAUUAUGGUAUUUUAACCAUGGAAACCUACUCUGCCUCAGUCCCACCUGUCAUAUGUAACAGCACAACUUUCAACCUCAACGGAUCGCAUCUGUGUAACGAGAGCCUGUCUUCUAGAUUAGCAGAUAAAUCAGAACACCAACAAUACGUUAUUGGGCUUUUCCUAUCGUGUCUUUACACAAUAUUCCUUUUUCCCAUCGGUUUUGUAGGAAACAUUCUGAUUCUGGUGGUGAACAUAAGCUUUCGUGAGAAGAUGACUAUCCCAGACCUUUACUUCAUCAACCUCGCGGUGGCCGACCUCAUUUUAGUUGCUGAUUCUCUCAUUGAGGUUUUUAAUCUUGACGAAAAGUAUUACGAUAUCACUAUCAUAUGCACCUUUAUGUCUCUGUUCCUUCAGAUCAACAUGUAUAGCAGCAUUUUCUUUCUGACGUGGAUGAGCUUUGACAGAUACAUAGCACUGGCAAAAGUAAUGAGGUCCAACCUAUUUCGCACUAUGCAACACGCCAGGUUGAGCUGUGGUCUCAUAUGGAUGGCAUCCAUUUCUGCAGCACUGGUGCCAUUCACGGCUGUGCACUUACAACACACCGGAGAGGUCUACUUCUGUUUCGCAGACGUAAAAGAAAUCCAGUGGCUAGAAAUAACCCUGGGGUUUAUCAUCCCCUUUGUGAUCAUCGGCCUGUGUUACUCGUUAAUCGUUCGAGUCCUUAUAAAAGCACACAAGCACAGGAGCCUUCGCCUCCGCCGACAGAAGGCUCUUCGAAUGAUAUUCGUUGUGGUCCUGGUUUUCUUUAUCUGCUGGCUCCCUGAAAACGUCUUCAUUAGCGUCCAGCUCCUGCAAAAGAAAAGUGAGCCCGCCUCGUCCAGCAGCCCGUCCUUCAGACACGACUACCCUCUCACAGGACACAUUGUGAACCUGGCAGCUUUCUCCAACAGCUGUUUGAACCCUUUAAUUUACAGUUUCCUAGGGGAAACCUUCAGAGACAAACUGCGGCUGUACAUUGAACAGAAAACCAAGAUGUCCACGUUACAUCGGUUCUGCCAGGCUGCCCUGACGUCCGUCAUCCCCGACAGUAAUGAGCAAUCCGAGGUCUGAUUUAGGGCUGUUGUGCAGAACGUCUGACUGUGAAGCUGUGCAAAUAGUGAACAAAAUGCUUACUACUAACAGCAAGAAGCAUGCCUGCCUGUGUAUAUAUUGCACUGCUCUGCUGAGCGUGGAAGGUUUAUGUUCAGAAUGUUUUUAUGACAACUUUAAUGUAGAGGAAUAUGCUAUAGUCAGAUUUAUAUUUAAUUAAGAGCAGGAUUAUUAAAAGCUGAGCACUGGAGGAGCUUUAUUUUAUAUAAUACAUGCAUGAAUGAUAAUAUAGAAGAAAAUUUUAUCAAGCUAGGAAGACUCCAGAUGUAACUUGAUUAUCGGAGAUGUUGUUUUGCUGGUGUAUAGAAGGCACUUCCACUUAAACAACCAAACUGCAGUAAGAGUGGGGAAAAAUCAUUACAACACAUUGAUGUGGAGAUGCAGAAAACAGUUUGAUUUUUACCCAAAUGUGUUAAGUUAAAUGGCUUUGCUUUUGAGAACUAUAUAGUAUUAUCAUCAUUGUAUUCCAGCAUGUCUUCCACAAUUAACUUUUUCUGAUCUUAAUACAA